AGCUUUUCUUGAACAUUAUGAGCUAAAUUCAUUGUUCCACGAGUCGCUUUCUGCUCAUGAAGACUUUUCUUCCUCCCUCUGGCCUUCCAAUGUGCUCUGGAAGCCUUCAGAGUCGUCUAACAAAAAUGAACAGAAGGAUGAGGGGGUUGGUGAGGGGAAUAUAAUUCAGCCGUUGUGUUUUUCCCCCUUUGCUAGGAGAUCAUGGAAUACGAUCCUAAUGACGAUUAUUAAGACUCUGUACGAAGACCGUCGUUCUGAUCCGGUGCUUUGCUCUUCUCUUUGUGUUUCCCUCCGCCUCCCUAGGAAGGAUCCGGCCACAGACUUGGGAUACGAAGAGAGGGAAACGGCUUGGAGUGGGCCAUGAUUAGAGACACCAUGAAGGCGUGGAGCGAUAGUCAGUCCGACCUCUACAGCAGUGAUCUAGAAGAGGAGGAAGAAAUGAUAUUUGGAGAAAAUGAAGAAGACAUGGAAGAGAUGAUGGAUCUAAGCGACCUGCCUACCUCCCUCUUUGCCUGUAGUGUCCAUGAAGCCGUUUUUGAACUUCCAGAGCAGAAGGAAAGAUUCGAAGCCCUCUUCUCCAUCUACGACGAUCACGUCACAUUUCAGCUCUUCAAAAGCUUCCGAAGAGUGAGGAUAAACUUUAGCAGCUCCGAAGCGGCGGCCAGGGCACGCAUCGAACUGCACGAGACGGACUUCAACGGGAAGAAGCUGAAGCUGUAUUUCGCCCAGGUCCAGAUGCCCAGCGAAGCGGGGGAUAAGUCUUACCUCUUGCCCCCACAACCUGUCAAGCAGUUCCUGAUCUCGCCCCCCGCCUCCCCGCCGGUAGGAUGGAAGCCGAGCGAAGAUGCGACUCCCAUGAUCAACUAUGACUUGCUUUGCGCUGUUUCAAAACUGGGGCCUGGGGAGAAGUACGAGCUUCAUGCAGGAACGGAGUCCACCCCCAGCGUCGUCGUUCACGUGUGCGAAAGCGAGACAGAAGAGGAGGACGAAGUCAAAAACCCCAAACAGAAGAUUGUGCAGACGAGGCGGCCCGACCCACCGCCCGCCUUAGUGAACGAAAAUAAAACCCUUGAAUGUACACUAGAGGUCAGGGGCGGGAUGCAUUACUGAGCUGAAGCUGUCUCUUAACAGCCGCGGAUGGCGGUCCGGUUUGCCUUGCAGUGUUUAUACAUCCUGGCGAGAGAAUUCUCUUGUAGCCGUCUGGAGAAGAUUUUAGAUGCCAACGUUUUGAAGAGCACUUUAAUUUUUAAGGUUAACUUGCAAGAUGUAGCAAAUCCACAAGAGUUUUUUAAGUCCUAGCCUACUAGGAGAGUGCCAUUUCUGGGGUGUGUUUUACUCUUUUCUCGGUGUUCAGAAGGCCGAAAGGAACUGCUGCUGUCGCUCUAGGGAUUAACACCUGGUUUUUUGUAUGUGAGUCUCCUGUAUAUUUUUUUGUGCGCUGGUGUAUAACAUGAUCUGAUUAACGGUGUUCUGAGUACUGUAUUGAUGAAUUCUAAGUGUAAUGUACAAGGCACAUUAUUCUCCGUAGAAGAAUCUCAAACUGGUUUGUUUUGGGGGGGAUGGGUAGAACCAGAUUUCCCAACAGGUAUAUAUUUCGUGGCUUUUGUUCCCCCUUAGAAAUGCCGUAGUUGUGUGUGUUGAAUUUCAGAGUACUCUUGUGAAUUGACGUGAAGCAAACACAAAAUGGGAACCGCAACAAGGUGUCUUUUUGGCUCGGUGUAUUUACGAAAACUGAAAUACAGCCGUACCUCGGUUUGCGAACACCUUGGUUAACGUAUUUUUUCGGUUUACGAACAGAAAUCCAUUGAAAAUAAUGCCUCCUCGGUUUACGAUUUUUUUGCAGUACGAAGCAAGUUCCCCCAGGAUGCAUUGUGCCUGGAGGUUUAUAGCGCCACUCCGAUUCCUAUGGCAAAUUGCAUUUCGGUUUAUGAAUUUUUUGCAUUACGCAACAUCCCGGAGAACGCAUUAAAUUCGUAAAUCAAGGUCCGCCUGUACAGCAAUGACCCUUGUAUCCGCGGAUUAUAGCAAACGCUAUUAUAAUAGCCAGUGCUAUACAUAGCGUGAUCUCUGGCUCCCCCUAGCGAACCGUUCUGGUAACUUCAUCAUUAGAAAUUUAUAUUUUUGAGAUGUUUCUUUUAAUAUUUUUAAUACUUUCAGGCCGCAGAUAAGGGGGGUCCUACUGUAUGUGCAGGAAGGCUGCAGAUCAUAGAUUUACUCCUUCUUCGGCACUUGUUUCUUCGUUGUUCAUCGCCUGUUUCUGUAUCUUGCUGGGGCUGCCCCUUAGGCAGGAUACUGUUUAGUGUGUGUUUAGCUGAUACCUCUCACAAGCAGAAACUAUGCACCCACAGGGAGGGUCCUGUAUCUUUUCUGGUUCCUUGCAAAACAUGGCUCCCCGUGUUUAACCAACCAGAUCUUUCAUCUUGUCUUUGAAAGGUGGUGUACAUCGUGAAACGGAGUUACACGUAAAUGCAAACGUUCGUCAUCACCCUUACAGCAGUGACAAUUUAGAUGUGUCCCCCAUGUGUAAGUCCGGAAGAGUGCUUUAGAUGCCUAUCUCUGCUCCCUCUGCCCUUCUUAACAACCCCAGCUGAUCUGUAUUUUGUCACGUCCAGGGCCUUGUGAUCACUAAUUUUUGCAUAGUAUUGUGGCUGACUUGUCACAGUCUUCCUUUUCGUCCUGUAUCCUGUGUCGUGUUCACUCGUUCCUCUCUCGAAAUUCCCCAGCGUAGACUUAGGGUCUUAAGGAGAGCCAAGUUAGCAAGUCCCUGUGAGCUUCCGGUUGGAGCGCUUACUUAUUGCCUGACCUUCCCUUGUUCUCAUGCCAUCAAACCUUCUAUUCUUACUACAGUAGGACCCCCCACCCCACCCCCCCGUAUCCGCAUGGAUUUGGUUCCGCAGAUGCUGGAAAAACGAGGAUUACACAUCGAAUGCUAUUACAUAGCAUGCUCUCUGGCUCCUUCUAGUGGCCAGUUCUGGUAACUUAUCAUUAGAAAUGCAUAUUUCUGGGAUUUUUCCUUUUAAUAUUUUCAGUCUGUGGAUAAGCGAAUCAGUGGAUACUGAUCCCGUAGUUAUUUGGGGGGGGUUCCUGCCGUACAUCUCAGGAAGGGAGAAAAGCUUGCACCGAGAUAGCUUUCUUUCCACUGUCGUAGGAAACGUGCUGACAAUCGAGCUGCCUAGACUUGACCCAUACGGCUAGACCGUUUUGGCUGAGUCUGUCCUCACCACUGUGUUUCCCUUGCUCAGUGUCUUUUGGAAAGCAGCACCUUAAGAUGCUGUUCAUUCAGCUUUCUGUAAUGCUGUAUUUCUAACGACUAAUCUUUUUUUUUCUCUCUCUCUUUUUAAUGGCUAAACUGACAGAAUAGAUGGGGUGGGCGGGACAUCAGAAGUUUGGGUUCUGUGUUCCCUACAAAGUCAUCAGUUGUACCAAAUUCUCUGGGAAUCAAUCGUGUUGGGCUCCAGAGCGCAGAAGGGGGUGCUUCUCUGUGUGUCGUAACUCAAAAAGUCAGGCAGGUGCUUCAGUGGUCUGCUUGCACCAGACUUUGGUGCCUUUCAGACAUAGCGCUAAAGGCUCGGGGUGAGACCUCUCCAAAGGCCAAGACGCGACUCAAAGGCUCAAGUAGAAUCGCCUUUCUGUUGAGUCCUUUUCCUCUGUCAGAGUCCAGAAGGAAAGGGGAACAAUCACAGAAAGUGGCUGGUUCCUGAGAUCUACGGGUAGAUCUCUCUCAGAAGCAGUUCAGGAUCAAACAGAAUCAGAACUUUGUUCCGUUUGCAUGCCUUGGCUCCGGCAUUUAGGCGAAUGACUGCCGGAGACUCGAAACGCUGAAGUCGAACCCGUAAGAUCCAUUUCAGAACUCAUUAAAAUUGACCAGGUGAUCUCUCCACCUAACUUUCCUCUUGGGCUUGGUGGGGAUAAAACCACGUACAAAAUAAAUAAUAUCAGGUACAUAACUCUGAGGCUCUUCGGAUGCAAAUAGGAUGGAUCAAGAUGGCAGUGAUUCAAGGCAACGGCUCUUUUUCCAGAAUACAAUUUAGUUAUUCUCUGCUUAUUAAGAACAAAGGCAAGGUUACUUAUUGUUACUUGACGUAUUAUUAAAGCUGUUGACAUUUUCCACACCAUGUUCUGUUAACAUUUUUUUUAACGGUUCAUUUAUUCUACAGAACAAUAUUGGUUGUUCCCAAUAAAUGGUCAGAAUCUUG